GCCAAGGAGGUGUCUGACCUGCAAGAAGAGGGUAAAAAUGCUAUCAAUGCACCGAUGUCCCCUGCUACAACCGAUCUCCAUCCAGAAGAUACAUUACUAGAGGAAAAUGAAGAACGUACCAUGAUAGAUCCCACUUCAAAGGAGGAUGCCAAGUUUAAAGAACUUAUCAAGGUCUUGAUUGACUGGAUAAAUGAUGUCCUGGUUGAAGAAAGGAUCAUUGUCAAGCAGCUUGAAGAAGACGUCUACGAUGGGCAGGUGCUACAGAAGUUGUUAGAAAAGCUAGCUGGUCGUAAACUAAAUGUGGCCGAAGUGACGCAGUCUGAAAUUGGACAGAAGCAGAAACUGCAGACUGUUCUGGAAGCCGUCCACGAUUUACUCCGACCCCACGGCUGGACGAUCAAGUGGAGUGUGGACUUGAUCCAUGGCAAGAACCUGGUGUCCAUCCUCCACCUGCUGGUGGCCCUGGCCAUGCAUUUCCGGGCUGCUAUCCGGCUCCCUGAGCACGUUUCAGUGCAAGUGGUCGUUGUCAGGAAGCGGGAAGGGUUACUCCAGACGGCCCACGUGACCGAGGAGAUCACCACUACAACCGAAAUGAUGAUGGGACGAUUUGAGCGAGAUGCCUUUGAUACACUCUUUGACCACGCCCCAGAUAAACUAAGUGUAGUAAAAAAGUCCUUGAUCACCUUCGUAAACAAGCACUUAAACAAGCUGAACUUGGAGGUGACGGAAUUAGAAACCCAGUUUGCAGACGGCGUGUACUUGGUGUUACUGAUGGGGCUUCUCGAAGGCUAUUUCGUCCCUCUCCACCACUUCUUCCUGACCCCCGAGAGUUCGGAUCAAAAGGUUCACAACGUCUCCUUUGCUUUCGAGCUGAUGCAAGACGCGGGGCUCAAGAAACCGAAAGCACAGCCUGAAGACGUCGUCAACCUGGAUCUCAAGUCUACCCUGCGGGUUUUAUACAACCUGUUCACGAAGUACAAGAAUGUGGAGUGACCCGCAUCUCUCUAGAGGCCCUGAAGGGCAUCUGCUUUUCCUUCCUCUUCUAUCGUAUGUUCUACUUCCAUCAGCCUUCCCAAACUUGGUGGCCUUCAGCUGGCUUGGUCAGCAGUUCCCAUCAUCCACAGCCAGUGCGACCAGCUCGAGGAUGAAAGUUGCUGUCCAACGUUCUGGAAGCAGCCAGGAUGGGAAUGUCUGAUUUCCAUUUGCUUUCUCUCUGUGUAAACCCUCCGUGCUUUGAGCCUUUGGAAAUGUAAUUGAACUCGCUCGCAUAUCCAUGUUAUGCUUCUGUCUUCUGCAAAACUAGAGUUGCCAAAGUCUCCUCUGCUCAGCAAAAGUGCCUUAUUCCAAGCUGCAAGCUGGCCGGGCAUCGUUGCGAAGGAAGUGCCCUGCGGGGAGCUUGGAUCCGAGGCAUCCAUUUCUUCUGAGUUUCUCCACGUCUCACUCCUGCCUUGAGGGUCUGAGGGGGCUUUGGAUAAGCUGCUCCUGUCCCAUCGCCUUGGCGGUGUGAGGGAAAUAGGGCUUGCAGGGAUCCUGUAGGGCAGGGUUCCUCAAGCUCAGCAACUUGAAGAUG